AACUGAGGGAACUGUGGGUUUUAACGUAUGUCAGAUUUCGAAGAUGGAGCGGGCUUAGUUGAGCGGGGUCUCCCUGGGGGCGCACAAGGGAAGCGGUUGGGAAUGAAUGAGCCGAGGCCCCGAGCCCGCGUUCCUGGCGGUGGCGCCUUAGCUCCAGCGCGGUGACAACAAGCGUUAAGGUAGCAACCGCCGCCGCCGCCGCCGCCAGAGGAUGGCUUCCAGCUUCAAGAAGUCAAACGUGGCCUCCACCAGCCAGAAAAGAAAGGUGGAGCCUAAGCCCGAACUCACUGAAGAUCAGAAGCAAGAAAUUCGCGAAGCGUUUGCCCUCUUCGAUGCCGACGGCAGCGGCACCAUCGACGUGAAGGAGCUGAAGGUGGCCCUGAGGGCGCUGGGCUUUGAACCCAGGAAGGAGGAGAUGAAGAGGAUAAUCGCCGAGGUGGACAAGGAAAGCACAGGGAAAGUCAGCUUCAAUGACUUCUUGGCCGUGAUGACUCAGAAGAUGGCCGAGAAAGACACCAAGGAAGAAAUCCUGAAGGCUUUCAGGCUCUUUGAUGAUGAUGAAACCGGGAAGAUCUCCUUCAAAAACCUAAAGCGCGUGGCCACCGAGUUGGGGGAAAACCUCACUGAUGAGGAGCUGCAGGAAAUGAUUGACGAAGCAGAUCGGGAUGGAGACGGUGAAGUGAACGAGGAAGAGUUUCUUCGGAUCAUGAAAAAGACCAGCCUCUAUUGAAGUCGGUUUCUCCCGCAAGCAUGUGUAGGGAGAUUGAGUUGACUUGCUGGGUUCCCUGCUUCUGUUUUGUGAAACCUUGAGGUAGAGGCCAGCACUGUCUCUCCUCUUACCCCCAGUUGGUCUAGAUAGUUCUAUUUCCAAAUCUCUAGCUCAAUUAUAGAAUUCUAAAGAUGAUUU